AUUAUUUAUUGACUUUAUUAGCAAUACAUAAGUCUCCCACUAUGUGAUAAACAUAUCGGCUACUCGUUGAGUUAUAUUUCAUAUCUUUCAUAAAAGACUUUUACGUAAUACGAGUCGACGCGACGACGCGGGCGUAGUGCCACCGAUCGGCCCCGCCACUCACCUCCUACUUUUUACUCAUUGCAUCGCGAGUCGCGACAGCGAUUGAAACGUCUGAUCACAUAAACUAGUUUAAUGUGCGUAAGACUAUUGUGAAUUUUUAAUAAAUAUUUACUAACACAAAAUGUCAGAGAAGCAAUAUAUUUUGGGAAUGGAUAUUGGCACUACUUCUGUCAAAGUAUGUGUUUACGAUCCCGAUACUAGUGAAAUGGUGGCUAAGCAAAAUAAGGAUACCGCCGCAAACAUUCCCAGUGAUCAAGGAAUUGAAGGUAAUAAGCAGGAUGUUCCAAAAAUAGUAUCUGCUGUACAUUACUGCGUCUCGCGACUACCUAGAGAUGUUUUACGGCACGUUAAGAAGAUUGGUGUUUGUGGUCAAAUGCAUGGUGUUGUUUUAUGGAAAAAUAGAGCUUGGGAAAAAGUAGAAAAAGACGGUGUUGUUAUGCGUUUUGAAGGAGUCAGAGAACAAAUGUCAGCAUUAUAUACUUGGCAAGAUACGAGAUGCAAACCAGAGUUCUUGGAAACAUUACCAAAGCCAGACUCACAUUUAAAAUGUUACUCUGGUUAUGGCUGUGCAACCCUAUUAUGGAUGCUGAAAAAUAAACCAGAAAAACUAAAGAAUUUUACUUGUUCUGCAACUGUACAAGAUUUUGUUGUGGCUAUGCUCUGCAAUCUAGAAUAUCCAAUAACAUCGGAUCAAAAUGCAGCUAGCUGGGGCUACUUUAACACUGAGAAAAAUGAGUGGAACUUAGAUAUAUUAAAAUCGAUAGAUUUUCCAAUCAAUCUUUUGCCAAAAAUUAUUAAGAGUGGAGCCAUAGCAGGAACACUAAGUACUUCAUGGAAUGGAAUCCCAGAGGGCACUCCAGUAGGUGCAGCUAUGGGAGAUCUUCAAUGUUCUAUCAUUGCCACACUUGAAAAUAAACAAGAUGCUGUAUUGAACAUAUCUACCUCAGCUCAACUUGCCAUUGUAGUUGAUAAGAUUAAUGAUUUAGGAUGCAAAACAAUUGAACAUUUGCCAUAUUUUAACAACACUUACUUAGUUGUAGCUGCAUCUUUGAAUGGAGGGAAUGUGUUAGCUACAUUCGUAAAAAUGCUUCAACAGUGGAUGAUUGAAUUUGGAUUUCCAAUUCCUCAAUCUAAAUUAUGGGAAAAGCUAAUAGCUCUUGGUUUAGAUGCCCCAGAAGGUACAAACAUGAAGAUAAGUCCACUAUUAUUGGGUGAAAGACAUGCACCUACAGCAAAAGCGUCUGUGGAAAAUAUUGACCUAUCAAAUAUACAAUUGGGUCAUGUGUUCAGAUCUUUGUGUGAUAGUUUAAUAGAUAAUUUACAUUACAUGAUGCCAAAAGAAAUUUUGCUAAAUGCAAAUAUUAAAAGAAUAGUUGGGAAUGGUUCUGGAUUAUCAAGGAAUGCUGUACUACAAAGGGCUGUCGAGCAUUAUUACAGCUUGCCUUUAGAAUUCACAUCAGGAGGAGAUGCAGCAAAAGGUGCAGCCAUUGCAGUUUUAAAUGCUGCCUAGUCACAAUUAAUUGUUUCUUAAAAAAAUUAUGUUUAUUAUAAACAUUAUUCAGGGUUGGAUUUAGAACAACCGGGGCAACUGCACUGGGGCCUCCACAGAAUAGGGGCACCCACAAUAGAAAUUCCCAUAACUCUAACAAAUCUUAAUAUUAUAUAGUGUGUUAUCUUGAAAUAGUCAACUUAUUAUAAUGACAUUAAUUACUGUUUUAAAAGCUACAGAUUCAAAGAGUCAGUAAAUUAUAGCUUACUGAUAGAAAUAAAAAUGUUCAAAUUUAUUUGUUAAAUAAUAAUAAGAACAUCCACUCCUUUGCGGCCCAAGGACCUCCAAGCCUUUAUAUCUGACUCUGAACAUAUCGUAAUAAUAAUAUGAAUAACAAAAUAUUGUUAGAAAAUUUGUAACAUACACAGUACAAUAUUGAUAUGUGAUUUUCUCACAGAUAUACUUAAUAAUGACCAUUAAAUGUCUGUUUACCCAUCAUUUUCCAAAAAUAGUUUUCAAUU